UUUUUGCUGUGCAGAGAAACAUUACAACUACUAAAAAAAACCCAAAAUUGCCAACAAUGAUUCUCCAGAUAUAAACAAACCUAGUCUGAGUUUCUUUUUUUUUUACGUUAAUAACUUGGUUUCAAGGUUAGCAGGUGAAGAAGAGAAAGAAGAUAAAGAACAAACAUAAAAAUGAAGGAGAUUGGGAGUACAAAGCAGUCAAGCUCCGAGGGAAGCAGUGUGAAGGGAGUACUGACUCAUGGAGGAAAAUAUGUACACUACAAUGUGUACGGUAACCUGUUUGAGGUGUCCAGUAAGUACGUGCCUCCUAUUCGUCCUAUCGGUCGAGGUGCUAAUGGUAUUGUUUGUGCUGCUGUUAAUUCAGAGACGCGUCAAGAGGUUGCUAUCAAGAAGAUUGGUAAUGCAUUUGAUAACAUUGUGGAUUCCAAAAGGACUUUGAGGGAGAUCAAGCUUCUUCGUCACAUGAACCACGAAAAUGUCAUUACCAUCAAGGAUGUCAUCCGACCACCGAAGAAGGAGACCUUCAACGAUGUUUACAUCGUUUACGAAUUGAUGGACACCGAUCUUCAUCACACAAUCCGAUCCGAUCAACCAUUGAGAGAUGAUCAUUGUCAGUACAUUUUAUAUCAGCUGUUACGAGGGCUGAAGUAUGUACAUUCUGCCAACGUUUUGCACCGUGACCUUAAGCCAAGCAGUCUUCUUUUGAAUGCGAAUUGCGACCUUAAGAUCGCGGACUUCGGAUUGGCGAGGACCACGUCUGAAACAGAUUUCAUGACCGAGUACGUCGUCACUAGAUUGUACCGGGCGCCGGAGUUGCUCCUUAAUUGCUCGGAAUACACUGCUGCAAUUGAUAUGUGGUCUGUUGGUUGCAUAUUUGGAGAAAUUAUGACCAGAGAGCCCCUGUUUCCUGGCAAAGAUUAUGUUCAUCAGCUGAGACUCAUCACUGAGUUGAUCGGUUCACCGGACGAAACCAGUCUCGGAUUUCUCCGAAGCAACAACGCCCGAAGGUACUUCAGACAGCUCCCACAGUGCAGGAAGCAACAGUUUUCAGUUAGGUUCCCAAACAUGUCUGCUGCAGCUGUUGAUCUGCUAGAAAGAAUGCUCGUCUUUGACCCCAACAAACGAAUUACAGUUGAGGAGGCCCUUUGUCACCCAUACUUGGCAUCUCUUCACGAUACCAACGACGAGCCGGUCUGUCCUCGACCGUUCAGUUUCGAUUUCGAGCAACCAUCGUGCACCGAAGAUCACAUCAAAGAGCUUAUUUGGAGGGAGUCUGUGGAAUUCAAUCCAGAUCCAGCUCAUUAAGAGAUUCUCCUAUGGGAUGUUUAUGUAAAUUGUAGCGGGAAUCGACUUCGUUCCCUGGAAUUCCCUAUAUAUAUGAUGUUGUUCACCA